UACGUCAUUCGUCCCGCGGAGUCGCAUGGUAACCCCGUCACUCGUCUUGACGCAACAGUCUAGUCAUUGACGGACAAGCUGCGGGGCUGUCACUAAUUGAACGGCUCUGUGGCUCCCAGGACUAACCUUGGAGAGCCUGGAGGCUCAAACUGUGGGACGCGGGAAUAUUCCCUACAUAUCCGGUCACUACACAUACGUCAACGUGCCCCUCCUCUAGCAACCUUAAACCUAAACAACACUCGCACUCUAAAGCUUUCGAAUCCGCCCACCUGCAGCUCAUAAUCGACUACGAUAUUUUUAAUAGCACCAAUCUCAAUUGCUAUAUCAAAAUGUCGACGGGCGUAGGAAUGAGCUCAUGCUGCCUCUCUGGUAAAGUGCAAGAGGGUAAGCCUACGGGCAGAGUUGAGACCAUUGGCGGUCUCCAAACCUACGUCGCCGAGCCCUCCUCCAACUCACCCGCCAAAAGCAUUAUCUUCCUCGUUGACAUCUUCGGCUGGGAAUUCCCCAACGUCCGCCUCCUCGCCGACAACUACGCCAAAGCCGGCUUCACCGCCUACAUCCCCGACGUGCACAACGGCGACUCCCUGCCCAUCGAGCUCCUGCAAGACAUCGAGCCGCCUCUCGCCGUGCGCGAGAACCUGACCCUCGUGCAAAAGACCGCCGCGACGGCCAAGGUCGGCGUGACGCUCGGCCCCUGGCUCGUCAGACACCGCGAGGCUGUCUCCAAGCCCAUCAUCGACGGCUUCAUCCGCGAGGUGCGCAAGAUCCCCGGCACCGACCGCGUCGGCGUGAUUGGGUUCUGCUGGGGCGGGCGGUAUGCGGUCCUGGCGGCGCACGCGACGGACCCCGCCGUGAAGGUGGACGCGGCGUAUGCGUGUCAUCCGAGCUUGGUGGCUGUGCCGGGGGAUUUCGAGGGGGUGGUGCAGCCGUUGAGUUUGGCGUGUGGGAGCGAGGAUAGUAUGCUGGACGAGAAGGCCGUGAGGCAGAUUAAGGAGGUGCUGGAGAAGAAGGGGAGUGUGAGUGAGGUGGAGGUGUAUGAGGGGCAGGUGCAUGGGUUUGCGCUGAGGGGGGAUUGGCAGAAUGAGAAGGAUAAGGAGGCGAUGGAUCGGGCGGAGAGGCAGGGGAUUGAGUGGUUUGAGAAGUACCUGGCGUAGGCGCUGGAUUAAGGAGGUAGUUGUUGACAGUGGUGGUUUAUAAAAACAACAAUGAGAUACUGUAUUAGGACCCAAGUUUGGGCACGUUGUCUUUUGACCUGUUACAGAAGUAUGAUGUACUGAAGCACCACAAACAGCGGCCAAGUAGGCCGACUGUAAGCGUGAAAACCUCUCUGAUUCAAGUUCUCAAACCCUUUAAUCAUCAUCGGAAGUUUUAGAAUGUGCUGAAGCACCUCAAACAGUGGCGAGCGAGUGUGCCCCGACUUAUGGCGAGGCACUGUACCUCAUAAUGGAAAAGACGAAGUUUAUGAUACAAACUAUGAUACACAAGCAAUCAUUUCAGCAUGAAUCAUGAAGUGCUGGAUCUAAUCUCCUGGCGCCUUCUCUCCACUUCAGCAGCGAGUUCGCUCUGGUCGGUCCUCAACUUCGCAGCGGCAUUCCGGCGGUUUUGCUCAUCUGCCUCUUUUUGCACUGUCCAG